CAGCGGUGCUUUACGGUUUGUGAUUACAUAGUUAGGUGUCUGCAUAAACGUCCUAUAAAUAACAGAGCAGGAAAAAUCAUGCUGAAAAGUGGUGAGAUGAGAAGCUCAGCUCUGACCCGAGCUCAGGCUCAGCUGGCUGGUCAUAGAGUUUCUAUGAAGGCACCAAAAGAAUCUACAGAUGAACACAAGGAUUACAUUAAUGGUUCUAACAAGACUGGUGCUUUAAAACCCAGGCAGAUGUCAUUUGCUGACUUAAGUGAUUUGUCAUCUGACGAGUGGGAAACAAAACACAAAGCAACAGAAAACUCCAACCAAGUCACCUACACACAGAGCAGGUUCCUCAAAAAGAAGCCACAAAGUAACUUAAACUCAUUAAGUCCAAAGAAUCGCAAUCCUAUAGCAAAGGAGAACAAACAACCUGUCCAUUUAAAACCUGCUGUCAAAUCAAAUAUUCAGACCAGUCCAGCGCUGAAGAGACUGGCAGAAAUAGAAAACAGACACAGGCUGAGGAAGUUGGAGUUGGACAUUUCUGAGAGUGAUUCUGACCUCAGGUCCUCCAGUGAAAGAUUUUUGUCAGUCAGAUCCAGCAGUGAUCUCAGUGCCAGAGGCAACAGAUUCUUGAAGAAGAAAGAUGUAAAUAGUUUUGAGCCAACAAUACUGAAGGUGGAAAAUGCACACUUUAGCAAACAGAAAGAGAAUAAGAGAAUAAUCCAUGACAGUGAAGAGGAGAAAAUAUCACAGCUUGUCGAAAGCUCUUUGGAAAUGUCAGAAGGCAAUGAGAAGUGGUUGAAAAUGCCAAAACCACCGAGAACUCCAUCACCUCCAAGCAAAAGAUCUCCACGUGUUAAGCUGCACAGGAGUCCCUCUGCAUUGGGAUUUAACUCACCUCGAAGACCACCCUCCCAGUUCUCUUCUAGAACUCCUUCCCCUCCAAGCCGUGGAACACCUAGAUUUUCACCCAGAAAACGCUCAUUUAGCCGUCUGCGAUCGCGAUCCCCUUCCCCAUCUGUCAGAAGCUCGCUAACUGAUCCUUCCUCUCUUUGGACGCAACAAGGGAGACGCAACCACACGCCACGUUCCCAGAGAAGUGAUGUUAAAUCCCUGGAGGAAUUGUUCUACAGAACAGAAGAUAUCAGCAGUGCAAGCUCUGGUGAUUUCAAACUGAAUAUUCUUAGCCUGGAUGAGUUGGCCCCCUCUGUGGAUACAGAAGAAGUUAAGGAGAAAGAUGUUGAGGUUACUCACAUUAUGGAUGCCCAGCUGAUCAAGACUGCCAAGGACAAAGGGGCAUCCAAUAACAAGAAGGAAUUGUCUACAUGGCAAAAAUCCUAUUCAGAUGAAGAAUCUGCUUCUGAAAUACGGACUGCAUCAUACGAAGGCUCAGAAAGUUCACCUCAGAUGCACACAGAAAAUUCUGAGUUUUCAAAGAGAUAUAGUAAAGAGAGAAAUGGUGAAACUACAAUAAAUUCAGAUUACUCAGAGGAUUUUGAAGACUCAUUGUACACUUCCUCUGAGGUAGAAGAAACAAACUCCAAUUCAUCCCGUAAACCAACGCCGUUAGAGCAUACUGUGAAACGGGCAGAGAAAGUACAAUCGAUUACUACAAGAGAAACAUCUGUGCAGACGAAUGAGGCAGAAUUUCCUGAUCAGUGGCCACACAUGCCCAACUCCUUUAUACAAUUUGCUGCACAUUCUUUUGUGGAUCCAGUGUCAAUAGCCAGUCAUGUGGUGAGCCCUGAAGUAAUAGAAGCACUGACCACAUACAAUCCUAUGGCUCUUGCCCUGAAUGACCUGUUCAAGCAGCAGCUUUACCUAAUUCGAAGCUUUGUGGAUAUGACCAGGCAGCUACACCACACCACUGUGGCAAAUCUGGAAAGGGAGGUUUACCACUACACAACAUUAGAUGAGACUAAAGAGGUAAACCACUUACAGUGCGUUAUAUUUCUGUAA